AUGUCGUAUCCAACGGUCCGCGCUCAGUCUCCGUUGUCUCGAGGCCGCGGUGCUUCUCCCCGCCCGCCUCCUUCAUAUGCCCGCUCAACUCUAGACCGGCCCUCUCCUUCGUUGGGCCCGCGUAACCUGGAAGAUGAGUUCCGGCCUGGCGUACCCCCUCCAAUCUACUUGAGGAGGUCGGGCACACAGACUAUCAGCGGGAAAGGCGUCUUGAAGAUCCAUGUCCCUGGUUGGGCCUGCGUCUUGUUACGCCCUCCUCGACUUCUUGAUCUGCACCCUCUCGACUCUAACAACGGGGAGCGCAUCCCUCCUUCGAAUGACACAGUUCUCACGGGAGUACUCGAGAUCGUCAUGACCGAAAGGCGAAAAGUACACGCAGUCUCUGUAGGUGUUCAGAGUGUGGCGCGCUUGCACUUGGGGCAAGGAAGAGGAUGGGAGGAAGAUGGGAUAUUUGAGAGGGGUGUGGAGGUACUGGGAGGGAAUGAAGAAGGUAUCUGGCUUGAAAAGGGCACUCAAUCUUUUGGGUUCACAAUCAUCCUCCCAGCGACACUGGCAACAACAGACAUGCACAACUGUGGCCGCGUGUCAUACAUCAUCACAGGCUGCGUCCGCGGGAUCCCAUCACAACCAUCAUCCUUCUCCACCAUGUUCAAGUCUACCUCGUAUCUCAGUUCCGAGAUCCCAUUCGUGGCCGACUUUGAGCGGGUCAUCUCACGCUCCGAUAAGGCUGAAGCCAAAGCCCGCGCCAGGACCGGGUCAGAGUCGGCCUCGGGAAGGGGAAGAUCAAGAUCGAGGGCAGGAUCAGGAUCGGGGUUCUUUGGUAGAGAGAGAAGCGGCAGUGGAACCACACUCGAGUCGCCAGAGGAUCUCGGCGUGCAGAGGAUGUCUCUUGGCUACUCUUCGGGCGAAGGGGAAGAAGAAUCGACAGUCAUUGCUGUAGGCACCAAGACUCCUUGUACCGGCGGUCUGUACACCCGCCGUCAAUCGUCCGACCAAACCAUGCCACUUUCAACCCCUCCUCAAUCCAACUCUAGCUCCUCCCCUUCUUCUCUGGGCCGAUUCAGAUCCUCAUCCCCGUCGCUGCCUUCCGAGAAGACAGGUUGGAUGAAGGGCGAUCUGGUGGCUUCCAAGAGCAUGUGCUUGCACGCCAUCUCACCAGUGACGGGCGGAGUGGUAUCCUUGAACUUGCGUAAAGAAGGUUUUGCGGAUGGCAUGGGGAUUUGGAAGUUCAAAGCCGUUGCUGACGUCUUUUCCAUCUCCUCUGUUUUCCUACUUAGCUACAAAGUCCCCGCCCCUUCCCCACGCACCACCAUCUUCCUCUUCCGCCUCAUCCUCGCCCAAUCCUAUAGCGUCGUCUCUCCCCGUACGCCCAACGACCCACCCCACAUCCCUGAGUCUCCAAAGCAGCACGUGCUGUACCAGAUCGGACGGGUGCACAAGUCUACGGAGAGUCACCCUGAAGUGGGCGUAGAUUGUCUUUGGAGGGGCAAAGAAGUGCCAGACAAGGAAAAGAAGAAGGAGGGUAUGGAGGGGGAAGAGUCGUGGACGGUGAAGGCUGUAGCGAGGAUGCCUAACCAUGACAAGAUUCGGCCUACGACCAACGAGGGCACGAUAACCCCAAUUCGAGUAUCUCACGAGCUUAUCAUCCAAGUCUACUAUUCGGUCCACGGUGAAGACGUCAAAGGACGACUCAUCAAGGGAGCUGGUGAAUUGCGAAUGAUGCGUACCAGGAUUCCUCUUCGGGUCCCUAGUUGCCACUGCUUAUCGGAUUCGCUUUCCCUCCCAGCAUACUCUUCCUCUUCCCCUCCCGAUGGCACACCCGUUACCGCACCCUCAUUGCCACAACCAACAUGCCACUUUGGACCGGUCUCUUCUGUCCCAUCCGGGCAUCAGUCUGCUCAGGAGAUCGACUCCAUCAUAUCAUCUCCCCCGGAUCUUAGGAGGUAUUGUAUGUGCGGCAAGACAUUCGCCGAGCUGGGGGAGAGCAUGCUGCGCGGGAUGAGACCUGAAGGUGAGAGUGAGGAUGAGUUGAACGGGAGAGAUGGUGAGCGAAGGGAGGGACUCGAAGAGGGGGCCAAGGUGGGUGAAAGGACUGAGGAGGUCGAUAGGUCGUUGUAG